UGCGUGUUCGCUACGUGGAUUAUGGUAACGAAGAGGUAUUAUCAACAUCAAGAAUUCGUGUUCUUAAAGACGAGUUCCUUUUUACCUUGUCAAGCUUUUCUUUGUGUGUUGGAAGAUAUUGAAGCAAAGGAUGAUGAAUGGAGCGACGAUGCUGUAACAUUCGUUGAAGAAUUCACAUCGGAAAGAUUGCUCUCUGCUGUGGUUAAAGGAAGAGAGAAACUUGGUGGUUUUACAUGUUCAAUAUACGGAACUCUUGACGAAGAAGAACAAUCAUUGAGUGAACUUCUUAUUGAAAAAUCAUUUGCUUUAAAAUCUUUGCCACCUGCUCCCAUAUCAGUUUCAAACAAUCCUCGUGCAGACGUAUCUUUCGUAAACAUACAUGUGAAUAUUGGAGAUGAGCUUAAUCUGUUCUUUGUGUCAGCUGAGUCGCCUGCAAACAUUUGGUGUCAGCUGUCCGAUUCUGAAGAUGACUUACUUGAUCUAAUGGAAAAACUUGGAGCAUUUUACAGUUCAUUAAACGGAAACGAGUUUUCACUCCAACUACCUGUUGCUGGUGCAGCUGUUUGUGCCCAGUUCUCUGAAGAUAACUCUUGGUAUCGUGCUGAGAUUUUGGAAACUACUCCUAACAUCACAGUUCGUUUUGUAGAUUAUGGAAAUAGCGAAUCAUUACCCUUGACAAGAAUAAAGCUUUUAAAAACUGAUUUCGCUCAAUUGCCAAAGCAAGCUAUCUGCAUUUCUCUGUUCGGUGUACUUUCCAAUUCCCUUGAUGAAUGGUCCGAGGAAAAGGUCGCCUUGAUGGAAGACAUGUGUUCUGAGAAAAGUUACAUCGGUAAAGUUCUUGGAAUGCGCGAUAAUUUAUUGGAAAUGUCUUUAAUAGACGCCGAAUCCAAUGUUUCAUUGCUCGACGAGUUGCGUUGUGCGAAUCUUAUUUUAAGGAAGACUCAAGUGGAUACUGUACAAGGUGAUUUGUUAACAAGCACAGAUGAACUUAAAAACGUUGACGAGCUUACUGCGAUUGAAACAGAAGAACUUGACAAAGCAGAAAUUGAUGAUGUUGAUUCAGGAGACAAGUCUACUGAACCAGUUACAGAUGAGCGUCCUCCAAUUGAAACAGAAGAACUUGACAAAGCAGAAGUAGAUGAUGUUGAUUCAGGAGACAAGUCUACUGAACAAGUUGCAGAUGAGCGUCCUCCAAUUGAAACAGAAGAACUUGACAAAGCACAAGUUGAUGAUGUUGAUUCAGGAGACAAGUCUACUGAACCAGUUACAGAUGAGCGUCCUCCAAUUGAAACAGAAGACCUUGACAAAGGAGAAAUUGAUAUUGCUGAAUCAGACGGCAAGUCGACAACUGAACCAGUUACAGAUGAGCGUCCUCCGAUUGUAACAGAAGAACUUGAUGAAGGAGAAGUUGAUUAUGUUGAAUCAGGAGACAAGUUAACUGAACAAGUUACGGAUGAGCGUUCUCCAAUUGAAACAGAAGAAUAUGAUAAAGCAGAAGUUGAUGAUGUUGAAUCGGGAGACAAGUUAACUGAACCAGCUACGGAUGAGCGUCCUCCAAUUGAAACAGAAGAACUUGAUGCAGGAGAAGUUGAUGAUGUUGAAUCGAAUGACGAGUUGACUGAACCAAUAACAGAUGAGCGUCCUCCAAUUGAAACAGAAGAACUUGACAAAGCAGAAGUUGAUGAUGUUGAAUCAGGAGACAAGUUAACUGAACCAGUUACAGAUGAGCGUCCUCCAAUUGAAACAGAAGAACUUGAUGCAGGAGAAGUUGAUGAUGUUGAAUCAGGAGACAAGUUAACUGAACCAGUUACGGAUGAGCGUCCUCCAAUUGAAACAGAAGAACUUGAUGCAGGAGAAGUUGAUGAUGUUGAAUCGAAUGACGAGUUGACUGAACCAAUUACAGAUGAGCGUCCUCCAAUUGAAACAGAAGAACUUGAUGCAGGAGAAGUUGAUGAUGUUGAACCAAGAGAUAAGUUAACUGAACCAACAUCAGAUGAACGUUCAAAAAAAACUGAAAUACACGAUGAACUUUCCCUAAAAACGGCACCAACUUUGGAUUCUGCCAUUGAAGAUCUUGCUAAGGUCAAUGAUUCUAUCGUAUCUUCUGAAUCAUCUCAUAUUAUUCUUGAAAAGAUUUCACCGCUAGAAACUGAAGUACAUUCUAAAACAGAAAUCAUCAACAUUGAGUCCAAGAAAAGUUCUCCAGGAAGUGAGGAAGAGUUGAACGAUGCUGGCGCUGUUUGUCAUGCUAUUGAUCAGCUGCUAUCCGAGAUUAAAACUCGAGAUGAGGCAAACGAUAAAGGUUCUUCUCAAGACCUUGGUGUCAUUGUGAAUGAUGAUGUGGUUGAUGAUAAAGAUUCUUCUCAAGACAUUGGUGUCAUUGUGAAUGAUGAUGUUGUGGUUGAUGAUAAAACAUUACGUCAUAAUGAAGUUCUGCCAUCGCGCAUUGAUGGUGAAGAUGUUUUGAAGGGAAACGAAAAAACAGCUUCAACUGAAACAUCACAAGAAUAUCCAGAAGAAAAUGAUUUAUCCAUUGUAAGGAACAAGUUGAUCAACGAUCUUCCCACUUCAAACUAUGGUACGACAGGUGACGAACCAACAACAAACCGAAGUAAUGAGGAAACUGGUCUUUAUAUGACAACACAUGAAGGAAAUUCAUCAAAGGAGACGAAUGAAAUUAUUGGUCGAUCAGAUCGCAAUGAUAGCAGCGAUACUGGAACGCGAUUCGCACAUCCAGACAUACAAAACGGAGAAAUACACAAGGUUAAGAUAUCGUUUAUUCAAACGCCAUCCAGUUUCUUCUGUCAACUUUUGAGAUCAGAAAUGGAGUAUUCACACAUGAUGGAGACAAUUCAAGGCAUUUACUCUGAUGAAACUGGUGAAACAUUAGAAAAUCCUCUUCCUGCUAACUCUCCAUGUUGCGCUCAAUGGCCUGAAGACGAAAAGUGGCAUCGUGCCGUUAUUGAGAGGACUGAGAACGACAGUGACAUUGUAGUCAAACUUAUUGACCUUGGUAAUAUUGUCACCAUUCCUCUGACACGGCUUAGAUCGAUUUCUCAUCAGCUUGUGACCUGUCUACCUCCUCAAGCCUUACACUGCUCAUUGGUCGAUCUUGAGCCUGUCGAUGAGGAAUGGUCAGCGGAUGCAGUCAAAAAAAUGUCCGACGUAUGUGCUGGAAAGAAAUUGGAAGGAAUAUUUCGAUCGCGUCAUCGUGAGAAAUAUCUCAUUUAUCUUCAUGAUGUGGAAAGUGAUGCCUCGAAUUUUGUUAAUAAACUUUUGGUGGAUGAGAAAUUGGCAAAAGUUACAGGCAGAGAUCUAUAUACAACAGUUGAGACGAUAGAUUCAAACACCAACAAGGAUAUGUAUCACGAUUCCAAACUAGAACCAGAGAGCGACGAUAAUGGCGAAGCUAAGCGGGAUUUGAAUGGAUCUGAUGACAUAAAGACCGCGAAGGAUAUUUUAAACGAUGUAUUUGAAAGAGCAAUCAAAACCUGUGAAAUACCAGAGAAUAAAGAUGAAGAAUUGAUUGAAAGCAUAAAACCAAAUGAAGAAUGUGCAGAAGUUUGUAGUGAUAAAAUUCCUGUAAAUCACCGCAAAUCCUCUUUGUUGUCAGAAAAUGUGUCACCAGAAAAAAGAGAUGCCCACGCUGACGUCAAUUCUGACGUCACUCAAGUAAACACUUGCUUUGAGAAAGAAAAUGUUACUGGAAGAUAUGCUGAUGAAAAGAAUGAAAACGUUUAAAACCUUAACGAAGAUGAAACUUCAGAUUUAGAUAUUCAAUCGAUAAUUGAAAAUUAACGAUCCCGCUAAUUAACGGAUCAACUAAAUCAAAGAUCUAUUGAAGUACAUUAAGUUUUUUAUUAAAUGUUUUGUUGGCAACUUUGCAAAUUUAUU